ACGUUCUUGUCCCAGAAUGCUGCCUGGUAAACAGACAUGGAAGCACCUGGUGAAGACCUCCACAGUCACUGAGCACUACACUCGCUCUUUGAACUGAUCUUCAUUUUCAAUACACCCUAAAGCCUGCGCCUUUGUUCUCUCUGGCACUCUACCGGGACCUCUGAAGUCCAGGGCAUUGAUUCCCUCACCAGCUUGUGUGGCAGUCUGGAAUCACCAAAGCUGAUGAGGAUCUACUGACUUGACCAGUGUUGUUCCAAUUUUUACUUUUGACAAGCGGAAAGAAUGUCGGAAAGGGCCGAUGAUGACGUCAGGGGGGAGCAGCAGCAGCGCAGAGCGGCCAGGCUGAAGCAGCAGCAGACACAGCUCCAGCGGGGAGAAGCCUCCACAGCAAUGGCGACUGUGGCGGAGCGCAGAUCCCUGCCUAGUCCUGAAAUAAUGCUGGGACAGCCUUGGAGCAGCUGGGUCGAUGCUGUGAAACUCUACGGGAGCGACGGUACAGAAUUGGAAGAAAGUUUGAAAGAGUGCGGGAAAAAUCGCGAAGCCAUGAGACUCUGCAGAGACGACAUGCCCAUCUUUGGCCAAUGUCCUGCACAGGAUGACUUCUACCUGGUCAUGUGCAGCCACUGCAGUCAGGUAGUCAAACCCCAGGCCUUCCAAGCACACUACGAGAGAAGACACAGCUCCAGCAGCAAGCCCCCAUCCAGCUAUCCCGCCCCUGCUGCAUUUGCAAUUUCUCGAAAUAAGGGCAGUGUUGGGGGCGGAGUUGGGGGCGGGACCGUCAGUGGAAGCACACUGGCACGCACCUCCAGCACAAACAGCAGUGUCCCCACUAAAAUCUACAAACCAACCAAAGAGAAGCCUCCUCACCGGAAGCCUCACUUCUCCUAUAGGAUGCUGCAAGAAGAGAGCCCAAUUCUUGCUGUUAAAGUAGAGAAGGUCCCUCUGAAGGUGGAAUCUUCAGCCAAGCUCCCCCACGUGCCCGCCUCUUCUUCCACCUCCACCUCCUCUUCCUCCAAUACUGUGAGCACCUCCCCCCUGAAGUCAGGCCUUAACUUCCCCUCCAUACCAAAGGCUCCUCUGCUGGCCCCUGGUCAGAUCCCUAAUGGAAAGGGCCACCUUUCGUCCCAAGACAAGAAAACGGACAGCAGCAGUGCCAGUAGCAGAAGACCCUUGUACAAGAGACAAGAGCGAGAGUUUAAUCCAGAUAUCCAUUGUGGGGUUGUGGAUAUGACAGCACAUAAGCCAUGCACAAGGUCCUUAACAUGCAAGACACAUUCCAUAAGCCAGAGGAGGGCGGUGCUCGGGCGGCGGCAGCGCUUUGACACGCUGCUCGCUGAGCACAAGAGCAAAGCGCGUGACAAGGAGAUGCACUUCAGGUUGGACCCCUCACACCCAGCACCCCCUCUCAGGGACCCUCCCCACUCCCGCCUCCCACAAGACCCUCACCCGGUCUCCCAUGGCAAUGGCACUGCUGAUGCCACCAAGCCUUUGCUCAAACCCAAACCUCAUAAUUCUGGGCUUCCACGACUUAACAACAGUAACUUUCACAGUGGAGGAGACCCAGCCAUGGCCCACGACCAGGCCCACCUCCACCCGGCCCCUGUUAGUACUGAGAGCAGCCGCCUCUCCAGUGACGAGGGGGAAAACGAGGAGAGGGAGGAAGCAAUGGAGAAACUGGACUGUCAUUAUUCAGGUUACCACCCACGACCAGCUGCUUACUGCACUUUUUGAAGUCGAUUGUACGGUAGAGGAUGUUAUGCGUUGGACCGGCGCUGGGAUCAAGUACGGUGUGCUCUCACCACCAUGCUGGACAAGCAUGUCAACUCACAAAUGUGGAAGAAAAUCCCUCUGGCGUCGGAGAACUCUGCAACAACACCGACAGCCUCUCACCGGACAAGCACAAAUUCCCAUUUCUCAUCAUCCUCCAUUUCUGCAGGCUUUCUCAGCUUGUCUUUCGCCGCCGCUUAUGAUAGCAAGCCUGUCCUGUCGUACGGCACUACCCUGAACGCCCGCUCUUCUCCGCAAGCCUCUGCAAGCGAGCAGCCCGCCUACAGUGGCGCUUCUAGACAAGUGUCAGCCUCAUCACCCCAGAUGCCUUCAGCCCACUUGUCCUCGCUACCCUCGUUGGACAUGCCCAUCUUUGGCCAAUGUCCUGCACAGGAUGACUUCUACCUGGUCAUGUGCAGCCACUGCAGUCAGGUAGUCAAACCCCAGGCCUUCCAAGCACACUACGAGAGAAGACACAGCUCCAGCAGCAAGCCCCCAUCCAGCUAUCCCGCCCCUGCUGCAUUUGCAAUUUCUCGAAAUAAGGGCAGUGUUGGGGGCGGAGUUGGGGGCGGGACCGUCAGUGGAAGCACACUGGCACGCACCUCCAGCACAAACAGCAGUGUCCCCACUAAAAUCUACAAACCAACCAAAGAGAAGCCUCCUCACCGGAAGCCUCACUUCUCCUAUAGGAUGCUGCAAGAAGAGAGCCCAAUUCUUGCUGUUAAAGUAGAGAAGGUCCCUCUGAAGGUGGAAUCUUCAGCCAAGCUCCCCCACGUGCCCGCCUCUUCUUCCACCUCCACCUCCUCUUCCUCCAAUACUGUGAGCACCUCCCCCCUGAAGUCAGGCCUUAACUUCCCCUCCAUACCAAAGGCUCCUCUGCUGGCCCCUGGUCAGAUCCCUAAUGGAAAGGGCCACCUUUCGUCCCAAGACAAGAAAACGGACAGCAGCAGUGCCAGUAGCAGAAGACCCUUGUACAAGAGACAAGAGCGAGAGUUUAAUCCAGAUAUCCAUUGUGGGGUUGUGGAUAUGACAGCACAUAAGCCAUGCACAAGGUCCUUAACAUGCAAGACACAUUCCAUAAGCCAGAGGAGGGCGGUGCUCGGGCGGCGGCAGCGCUUUGACACGCUGCUCGCUGAGCACAAGAGCAAAGCGCGUGACAAGGAGAUGCACUUCAGGUUGGACCCCUCACACCCAGCACCCCCUCUCAGGGACCCUCCCCACUCCCGCCUCCCACAAGACCCUCACCCGGUCUCCCAUGGCAAUGGCACUGCUGAUGCCACCAAGCCUUUGCCCCUCAAACCCAAACCUCAUAAUUCUGGGCUUCCACGACUUAACAACAGUAACUUUCACAGUGGAGGAGACCCAGCCAUGGCCCACGACCAGGCCCACCACUCCCACCCGGCCCCUGUUAGUACUGAGAGCAGCCGCCUCUCCAGUGACGAGGGGGAAAACGAGGAGAGGGAGGAAGCAAUGGAGAAACUGGACUGUCAUUAUUCAGGUUACCACCCACGACCAGCUGCUUACUGCACUUUUGGAAGUCGAUUGUACGGUAGAGGAUGUUAUGCGUUGGACCGGCGCUGGGAUCAAGUACGGUGUGCUCUCACCACCAUGCUGGACAAGCAUGUCAACUCACAAAUGUGGAAGAAAAUCCCUCUGGCGUCGGAGAACUCUGCAACAACACCGACAGCCUCUCACCGGACAAGCACAAAUUCCCAUUCUUCCUCAUCAUCCUCCAUUUCUGCAGGCUUUCUCAGCUUGUCUUCGUCGCCGCCUUAUGAUAGCAAGCCUGUCCUGUCGUACGGCACUACCCUGAACGCCCGCUCUUCUCCGCAAGCCUCUGCAAGCGAGCAGCCCGCCUACAGUGGCGCUUCUAGACAAGUGUCAGCCUCAUCACCCCAGAUGCCUUCAGCCCACUUGUCCUCGCUACCCUCGUUGGGCUCCAACCGUCCCCUCAAAUCCCGAUCUGGUACAAAGUCCUUUAGGGCUCGGGAGCCAUCCUCCAGCCUAAGUAACUCUGUCGUCAAGGGUAGUAAUAGUAGCAGUGUUAGCGUCAGCGGAAGUGCGAGCGGAAGCCUCAGUUCGGGAAAGAAGCGGAAAAACAGUUCCCUGCUAACCUCCCAUAACACUUACACCUCGGAAUCAUCCUCAUCCUCCUCUUUUAAGAAGAACUGCGCAGUAAACGUGGGCAGCCUGGGCAGUGCCUAUCAUUCCUCACUCGCCUCCACCCCCACUUCGUCUUCAUCGUCAUCAGCGUCGUCGUCAUCCCACAGUGGGGUGUACAGUGUGGGGGUAAACUGCACCCCAGGCAGGGCCAACUCUCUGAGCUUGAAGCAGGAAUCGACGGGACGUGGCCCUCCUUCUGGCAGCCCCGCUGAGUCUAUUAAACGCAUGAGUGUGGUGAUGAACAGCAGCGACUCCACCCUCUCCCUCGGGCCGUUUGUUCACCAGAGUAACGAUCAUCACGCAGAGGCACGUCUAGAAGCCAAACGGAGGAAGGGUUCGCCUGGCUCGAGUAGCCUCAACAGCACAGCGUCUGGAGCGGGGGGAGGAGGAGGACAAGGUCCUGGCAGGCCCAAAAUGGCCAAGUCUCCAUCAAUCAACAACAUCCACAGCAAGCACGCUCGCUCUAUACCCAGACCGCCAGGGCUCCCAAACAAUUCCCUCAUACAUCAGCCAAAGGCUCGUCCCUGACACCGGUGUGGAGGCUCUGAGCGUGCUGAGCAGUAGGCUGGACCCAGAGCUCCCUCAGCCCCCUCAUGCCACUCUGCACGAGGCCUUCUUUUUCUCUUACUCUUCCCACAAUCCUCAGGGUGGAAUGCACACUGGGUGGCCCAUUUGAUGUCCUUCGUGGGGAUUUCCUCCCAAAGCCAUGCAGGGGCACUCUCCUGGGAUAGGAUAAUAAGCCAGAGAGAUCUAGUUCUCCUGUCGGUGGUUAUAACGAAUCUAUACAAUGCACCAUUGGGUACAACGCCUGCUGCGUAGAGCUACCCAGCCUGAGCACUUACGCUGGGGUCUGAAGGUACAGAUUUGGGCUGGUACGUAGCCUCACCAACACUACCAGGCAUAGGAGGGAUGGGCAACACAAACAAGAUGAGUUCUGUGUGGGCUACUGGAAACUGAAAUCCUACUCAGCCUGGGAGGAAGUGUACAGGAGAGGAACAUCCCUACAGUAGACACACAAUCAACUUAAGUUAAUCAUAACACGCGAAGGCUGAGUAAGAUCGAGCUACGCUCACUGCAGAUAGACCAUGACAGGAGUGGAGUUUCAACACGAGCAACCUAAACUUAAAAGAUUAUGCAAACUAGACAUUUUUACACCACAUUUUGUUUACAGGCUAGCAAAUGUAUAGCAAACAGAACAAAAUACCAUUUAUCAUACACCUUUUUGUUUUUGGAGAGAAAUGAAUCAUGUUUAAAUUUAGAGUUUUGUUUUAUUUCAAGGGAAUUUUUAUGAACUUUGUCUAAAGGAGUUACUUUUUUUACAGAACAAUCCAACCCUGACUUGAACUCUAACACCCUGCAUUACCUAAAGCACUUGACCCCCCCACACCUCAUUCGUUUGAAUAAUUUCAGGUUUGUUAGUAGCCUAGCAUGUCUUCACUGAAUCUCUGAGCAACAGUUGUCUCUUGAAGCUCCAAAAAAGAUUCAGUUUUAGGUACAUUAAGGGCUUGAUUCAGUAAAGCUUUUUAGCACAUGCGAAAACAACUGCAGGAACAAAACGAGAGACAGCAGGUGACAUCUCACUUCCUCCAAUUACCCAUUGUAGCACUAAAGAAGCAUGUGCUGAAAUCUUAAUGUACUAAAAUCUGCAGUCUUGCUUGAAAAUGAUUGUAGGAGAGCCAUUUCCUGGUGUCAAUGCCUUAGGCAUUGACACCGUUUCAAUCUCAGAAAAGGGGCUGUUGAGCCAUAGAGCGACAUUACAGACACACUAUCAUCUCGGCAAUGGAGCAGACACAUAUACAGUAGUCUGGCCAUCCCCAUCUCAUGAAAUAACCACUAACUUUUACCGCGACCCAACGUUCCUGCAUUGAUCCGACACGAACCGAAAGAGCUUAGUAGCUGGACGUUCUGAUUUAAAUCUCAUUUUCAUUGUGGGUCUGUCAACUUAAAAAGGCAAUAGAUCCGUUUUUGGCUCGUUGAUCUUCAGAAGAGUUGUUGAGCUAAGUUGGGUCUUCACUUUAAAACUCCUGUAAAUUCCUGAACUCCACUGAUGUCAGUCAGCAAUCGUUGCUGAGAAGUAGAGCAUGAAUUUUUUUUCGUGUGUGCGCGCGUGAGUGUAUUUUUUUCCCUUCGGCUUUUUCGUACACGAAACCGAAUAUAAAUAUUGAAGUAUCCCUAUUUCAGAAAUACAUAUUUUGUUAAAGAAUUGUACAUAUGGAGAUGUAUUUUUGCACAGGCAUUUUCGUAAAACUUUUUGGUACAAUUGAUAUCAUUAUUAUUUAUUUAGUAAAUGGAAACAUUCUAAGAUUAUUAGAAGUGGUUCACUGCCAAGCAAAUAAUGCAAUACGCCACUCUAUCCAAACACCCGCUUCUUGUUAGUCACAUGCCGAGUUACCCCAGAUUGGGAAAUCAUCUACCGCAUAAAUAUAUUUUUAGGUGUUAAUAGUGCUUUCCCCCCCUCCCUCAUAUCUCAAUCCACGAGGUCCGUGAA